AUGGCUGAACCACCGAUCGUGCUCGAUGGAGGUACCGGCUUCCUCAAAGUCGGUUAUGCCGGACAGAACUUCCCAGAAGUCCAGUUCCCCUCCAUCGUUGGGCGACCAAUCCUACGAACGGAAGAGCAAGCGGGCGACAUCAUAGUAAAGGACAUAAUGUGCGGCGACGAGGCUGCAGCAGCGAGAUCAAUGCUCCAGAUCAGCUAUCCUAUGGAGAACGGCAUUGUCAAGAAUUGGGAGGACAUGCAACAUCUCUGGGAUUUCACAUUCAACGAGCGGUUACACAUAAAUCCCGAAGGCCGAAAGAUCCUACUCACCGAGCCCCCCAUGAACCCUCUGAAGAACCGCGAGAGAAUGUGCGAAGUCAUGUUCGAGAACUACGGCUUCGGCGGUGUAUACGUGGCUAUUCAGGCAGUCCUGUCACUGUACGCACAAGGUCUAUCCUCCGGCGUCGUGGUCGACUCAGGCGACGGUGUGACACAUAUUGUGCCUGUCUACGAAUCGACCGUCCUUUCCCACCUCACUCGCCGCCUGGACGUGGCUGGCCGCGACGUCACUCGAAAUCUGAUAGCCUUACUGUUACGCCGUGGCUACGCCCUGAACCGAACGGCUGACUUCGAGACCGUACGGCAGAUCAAGGAAGAGCUCUGCUACGUCUCCUACGACCUCGCCCUCGAUCAACGACUAUCCGAAGAUACAACGGUGCUGGUUGAAUCAUAUACUCUGCCAGACGGCCGCGUCAUCAAGCUUGGCAGUGAGCGGUUCGAAGCUCCCGAAUGUCUUUUCCAACCACAUCUCGUAGAUGUUGAGCAGCCCGGCAUGGCUGAGUUCCUAUUCAACACGAUUCAGGCCGCUGAUGUCGACAUCCGAUCAUCACUUUACAAGGCUAUUGUGCUCUCUGGUGGCAGCAGCAUGUAUCCAGGUCUUCCGUCAAGACUGGAAAAGGAGAUUAAGCAGCUGUGGCUGACACGAGUAUUGAAUGGAAAUCCUGAGAGAUUAAACAAGUUCAAGGUCAGGAUCGAAGAUCCUCCACGGCGGCGGCAUAUGGUGUUUUUGGGUGGCGCAGUCUUGGCGAACAUUAUGGCGGACAAGGAGAAUAUGUGGAUUUCGAGGCAGGAGUGGGCGGAGCAGGGUGCAAGAGCGCUGGAGAAGUUGGGCCCUAGAGGUUAG